AUGGGUUCCAGCUCAAAAAGAAAGAAGGAGAAGCAGAAGGACUUUCAGAAACCCAAGCUGAAGGUCGGCAAGGCCAGGGCUAAGCCGGAGAACUUCACCGAUACCAGUUUCAAGUCCAAGUCCAUUGUCCUCAACCAACAAUCCUUACACCUCAAUGCUCCCUCCGCCAACAGUGUCUUCACCCACAAUCUCUCUCUCCUCUCCUCCAAAUCCGACAGCCAACGUCGAGACUCCCUCGCAUAUCUCACCAGCUCGAUCGCAUCGCGCCCUGUCAACUCUUCCCUCCCUCAGCCAGUGAGCGUGAUGCUUCCAUCGCUCCUCCCCCUCAUCCUCGACGGAAACACAAAUGUUCGCACUCAACUCCUCAAACUCCUCCGUACCCUGCCCCGCCACGACAUCGAAGACCAUGUCGCGCAGCUCCUCCCCUACAUCCGCGCCGGAAUGACCCAUCUAGCCGCAGAUAUCCGCGUAUCCGCUGUGGAAAUCCUGUCUUGGAUGGUCGAGGCCGCGGGCGAACAAGUGGUUUCCUGCGCCGGCGGGUGGAUCAAGACACUCAAUUGUUUUCUUUCUGUUCUUGGAUGGCACACGGAAGAGUCCUCAAAGUGGUCGUCGAACCGCGCAUCAUUCGGCAAGUCUGGAAGCCAAGGCCGACCGAUGGUGAAGGUUCUCGGCGCACUGGCUGAGUUCCUCGAUGCUGGAAUCGGACAGCACGACGCUGGUGACGAUGAAACACUAGAGGAUGACGGCUCUUCCUCGAAAUGGCCCUUCCCACUGUCCUGCACCGGUCAACAUAUGAUCUCUGACUCGUCUGCGCCGUACGCCUACCUGAACCUUUUCGGACAGCCCCGCGACGCCGAAGGUGAAAUGUACGAGACACGCGAGGACCGAUUCCGGGUCUUCUCCAAUCGUUUCAUGCCUGCCAUUGAGCGAGGUGUCAAGAGCGCCAGAGAGGAGGGAGGUGAAAUGGGUCGUGCUUCGUCUGGUGUCAGCAAAGUGUUGAAAGAAGCAAUUUUGUAUGGACCCGGUGCAUGA